ACGGAAAUCGGUGAUGUCACAGUGGCGGUUGCGGACCUGGUGACGACGUUUUUUUUUGGUGGUGGGGGGAAGGGGUGGAAGAAAAAAAAAGUGCGAGAUCGGGCCCGUCUGCUGGGCCCUGACGGCACAGAGAGAGCGCGAGAGCGAGAGCGAGAGGCCCCGAAAUUGUGCUGAAGAAUGGAUGUAAUUCAGACACCACUGCCAACAAGUAGCACGAUGCAAACAUCUAAUUUUGCUCAUGUCAUUUUUCAAAAUGUGGCAAAAAGUUAUCUCCCUCAUGCUCCACUUGAGUGCCAUUACAUAUUGACUCCAUACAUUAAGCCGCAUCAAAAGGACUGGGUUGGCAUCUUUAAGGUUGGUUGGAGCACUGCUCGUGAUUACUACACAUUUCUGUGGUCUCAAGUACCGGAAAAUUAUGCAGAAGGAAUUUCAUUUAAUCGUGUCAUUGUUUUCCAAGGUUAUUAUCUUCCAAAUGAUGAUGGUGAAUUUUAUCAGUUUUGCUAUGUCACCAACAAGGGAGAAAUCAGAGGAGCAAGUACACCUUUUCAGUUCCGUGUGCCAUCUCCCACAGAUGAUUUGUUGACCAUGGAAGAUGACACAAACUCUGACAUGCUAGUGGUAACAACAAAAACAAGUUUUCUUGAGCAAAAGAUUGAACUGCUACUGAAGGAAAAAGAUGAGUUGUUGAAAACUAAAUCCGAACUUGAAGAGGAAGUACUCCAGUUAGGUGAGCGAGUGGAAAAGAUUGAAAAAGAAAUGCACCAUGAGAAAGAAGUCUGUGACCAAAUUAAAAAGGAUUACAAGGAUCUUUUCCAGAGUUCAGAAGCCUUAAAAAUCGAGAAAGAAGACAUUGAGAAAAGGUUUAAGGAAGCUGUCGCAAAAAUUACGCAACUUGAAGAAGAUAUCGUAACUGCUAACCAGAAAGCCAUUGUAAAGGAAACUGAAUUAGACAGCAUAAAACACAAACUGAGGAGACUCAUUGUUGACAAAGAACAACUUGAAUUGCAGUUGAAGAAUGAAAAGGAUGAGAAAGAGCUUUACAAGGUCCAUGCAAAGAAUACAGAAAUUGAAAACACAAAGCUAGUUAUGGAGAUACAAUCUGUUAAAAGUCUCGAUGCCACUAAAGAAAACAUGCUGGCACAUUUCAAAGAAGAAGUGGCAAGACUACAGCAAUGCUUGUCAGAAAAAGAGAAAUUGCAAAAGGAGCUGUUGGUUAAUGCUUCUAACAUGGAUGAAGUGUCUGUUCUUCGUGAACAUUUACGCAGAGCUGAGGAGCAUGUACAAGCGAGCGAUCAGAAAGUGGCGUUGAUUGCUCAGGAGCUUGCUGAUGCUUCCAAUACACGUGACAAGACAAUGGGUGAUCUACACAAUGCGCGAAUAAAAAUUGAUUUGCUCAAAGAUGAGCUUGCUGAUACUGAGAAGAAAUAUAAGGCAGAGAUCCAAAUGCUAAAAGCUGCAUUAUCAAAAAAAGAAAAGGGUUCUUCAGUGACUGACAAUACAGUGGAACAAGAGCUGCAUAAAGAAGUCGAAGAUUUAAAGCUAAGGUUGCAGAUGGCUGCAGAACAUUACAAAGAAAAAUACAAGGACUGCCAAAAACUGCAAAAGCAAGUUCUUAAACUGACAGAACAGUUGGAAGACAAGAAAAAUGAAACAUUCCUGAAGAAGCAGAAACUAGCUGAUAAUGGGACAAACACUGAAUCACCUCCAGUGUCAGCAGCUGACUUUGUUCAAGAUUCCUCUUCAGCCAUGCCAACUCCAUUCGACCAUACAUUUGAUCUCUUGGUGCAGACGCAAAUAAGUAAAAUGAAUAAAGAAAUAAUGGAAAAAAAUGAGAAGUACAAAAAAUGCAAGCAGAUGUUGGCCGAAGAGAAUGAAAGAAGUCAGGCUUUUGCUGAAGAACUGGCUUACAUCCAGCAAAAAUUAAAGCAGCAGUUAAAAAUAAACAGUGACCUAAAACAAGAAGCUGCAGAGGACAUUCAGUAUAAGGUUCUCCUUUCGGAAAAGGAGCAGGAAGUAAAGGAACUUAAAGCAAAAUUGGCAAUUGUUGACAAGGAGAAGGAAAUCCUGGAAGAGCUGAAUAAGGAAUUUUCAAGGGAGGUAUGUAAGCAUGAAGAAGAAGAGCAAAGUUCACCAAGUUCAAAGCCUCCGGCUGCACCAAUAUUACAAUAUCCAAAUCCAUAUUCUUCAGAUCCUUCUGGUGUACCUGUGAAGCAUCCUGGAUUGAAGUUUGGAAACCCUUAUGCAGAGUCUGGUAGAGAUGGAACAGAUGGAGCACUUUAUCCUGAUGAGAUCCGUAGAGUGCCUAUUGGGGUUCCUGCUUGGGGAUUGGACAGUACAGUGGUCUGCAGUCAACCUUCUCGCAACUUUGGUAGACCAGAUGGACUUGAAGAUCCCAAUGAGCUUAUUAAUGAUGAAGGAGAAGAUGGCUCACCGACAGGUAUUUCUGAUCCUCCAGGAUUCCGGCUACAAGAACGAGGUGCUCACUUCUGCUUUAAUUCAAGCCUUGACCUCCACAAGAAGUGCCCACUGUGUGAUGUGGUGUUUCCACCUAACUAUGAUCAGAGCAAAUUUGAAGAGCAUGUUGAAAGUCAUUGGAAGAAGAUUGAAGAGUGAUGUGAUCGAGAUGUGCUAAGAGCUUUGAUAUGGUAAAUGCAGAUAAACUAUCUUCUCUGGUGAUGGAGAUCACGAAUAUGGAACUGGAGGAAAUCAAGAAAUAUUUUUAUACACAAACUGUGUUAGAAAUCUGGACUCAUCUUCUCAAAAUAUCAUGGAUACUGGGACAAUUCAAGCUUUCAAGACUGAGAUGGAUAGGAUUAUUGUUAGGUGAUAAUAUCAUUGAAGAUGGAGCAAGGGCUGAUAAAUGGAAUUCAAGGACAGAUCAGCCAUGGUCUAAUUAAAUGGUGGAACAGACUCAGGAGGUUCAAUGGCAUAGCAUUAUUUCUAUAUUUCCUUUUGCUUUUCUGAAACCUUGUCACACUGGUUUUCUCAAUUUAAGAUAGCUAACAUUAGACCAGAAUGUACCAAACAGCAGCAGUUAUAUCUUCGCAUAUUCAUGAUUUUGAACUUCUCAUGUCAACAAUAUUUAUGGUAAUUUGCGACACAAGAAGCUGAUAACCUGCGCAUAAACUGAGUGAGCAGAGUCAGCAAUUGUAUGUCUUUCUUUGUGAACCUACAGUGCAUGGAUGAGGAAGGAACUGUAAACUGCAGGGUGUGAAUUUGACAUCAAAUCAGAAGGUGGAGAAAGAAAUAAAAUGUGGGAAAGAAAGAUUAAUAAGAGUGAGAGAAAAAAGAAACAUGAAAAAUAAAGAAAACCUUGCAUUUCCAGAACAUCCAAUGGCUAAACCAGAUAGGGUGAGACUCUACACAGUUAAUAUUCAGUACUAUGGAGAUUGCCUGGUAGUCACUAACAUUUGUUCUUCUGUUAAUGGAUUAAAAUGAAUAAAAUUUGCUGAUUGGCUCAGUUUAGUGUGAGAAGUGGCUAUUUGCGCACAAAGUAUGAAUAGUUCAGAAAGUU